CCCCUCUAGUUAAUUAAACACACAUCAUCGCUCAGAAAAGUGUGUGGAAGUCGAUACUUGAGCCACGCCAUUUCAUCAAUCUUGCUCAUUUUCAUGGUCCUGUUCUUGGAGUGAGAUAAGGGAAACUUAAAACCAGGCUAUCGAAUUUGUUGUUAGGAGGAAUUGUAAUAAAAAACAAUCAUGAAACUACAAGAUUUGUGUUCCUUUGUUGCACUGAUGACAGUUCACUUGAUCAUUGUAUCAAGUUCCGUACACGCCAAAAACAGAGAAAUCUUAGAAGCCGAGCAAGAUAAGACGCGGUGUGUCUUUUAUUGUACCAAAGUAACCGGACUACGGGUUCAACAAGUACGUGGAUCAGAUGGCAAUACAUAUCCUUCUGCCUGCAUAUUGAAACAGACUGCUUGUCAGCUCGGACAAGAAAUCAAGAUUGCUCACAGAGGAUCUUGCAGACCAAAGUGCCAAACUGCAUGCACAAAGGAAUACAACCCUCAAUGUGGUACAGAUGGUAAAACAUAUGGUAACCCAUGUCAAUUGAAAAUCGCCUUGUGUGAGAGUGAUGGAAAAGUGAGACUGGAUCAUCAUGGAGAGUGUAACAUCUUAGAAGCCGAGCAAGAUAAGACGCAGUGCGUCUUUUAUUGUACCAGAGUAACCGGACUACGGGUUCAACAAGUACGUGGAUCAGAUGGCAAUACAUAUCCUUCUGCCUGCAUAUUGAAACAGACUGCUUGUCAGCUUGGACAAGAAAUCAAGAUUGCUCACAAAGGAUCUUGCAGACCAAAGUGCCAAACUGCAUGCACAAAGGAAUACAACCCUCAAUGUGGUACAGAUGGUAAAACAUAUGGUAACCCGUGUCAAUUGAAAAUCGCCUUGUGUGAGAGUGAUGGAAAAGUGAGACUGGAUCAUCGUGGAGAGUGUAAAACUAAACCAAAGACGUGUGCCGUUGCUUGUCCCAAAAUAAUGCUUCCUCCAGUAUGUGGAUCAGAUGGCAAUACAUAUCCCAAUUUUUGCAUAUUGAAAGAGACUGCUUGUCAGUUUGACCAAGAAAUCAAGAUUGUUCACAUAGGAGCUUGCAAACCAAAGUGUUCAGCGAUUUGCACCGAGGAAUACAAUCCUCAAUGUGGUACAGAUGGCAAGACUUACUCAAACCCUUGCACCUUUAAACGAGCUCAAUGUGAAAGUGACGGGAAAAUUAGAUUGGCGCAUCAUGGAGAGUGUAAAUAGCUGCCAAUAAUACAGAACAGAGAAAGAGAACGAAGAGAUGCUGUCUGAUGUCAUAAGAUUAGUUUAUUAAUUAAUGUGUAUUUUGAUAUACUUUGUUUGAAGUGUUUACCAGUAGAUAUCUAUCAAUCUGGCAAAUAUUGCUGUGAGAAUGUCUUAUAUAGUUCAACUGUGUUGGCUGGUCAUGCAAUUGUAUUAUGUGUUUUGCAAAUAAAUG